GGCCGGAGGGGGGACAGCGGCCGGGGGGACGCGGCCCCCCGCGCCGGGCCGUGAUCGCCGCUGCUGCAGCCGCUGCUGGUGCUGCUGCUGGUGGUGCUGGUGGUGCUGGUGGUGCUGGUGGUGCUGGUGGCGGUGCUGCUGCUGCUGCGGCCCCGCUCGCUCACGCCCCGUUGGCUGGACUUUGCCCAAAGGUCCGAGAGGUCCCAGCCUCCCCGGGUUAGCACCAUGGCAUCUGGGGCCGUGGAGGAGAAGCCGCCCCCCCGCCCGGCUGCGACCACCCCCUGAGCCAGCUGGUUUCUGACUCAGACUCGGAGAUGGACAGCAUGGAGCAGCUGGCCCUGGGCAGCACAGACACCCUCUCCAACGGGCACAAGGCUGACCUGGAGGCUGCCAAACGCCUGGCCAAGAGGCUCUACAACCUGGAUGGCUUUAAAAAAGCAGAUGUGGCCCGCCACCUGGGGAAGAAGUACGUCAACGAGUUCAGCAAGAUGGUGGCAGGGGAAUACCUGAAGUUCUUCGUGUUCACCGGGAUGAGUCUGGACCAGGCUCUCAGGUCCUUUCUGAAGGAGCUGGCCUUGAUGGGAGAGACACAAGAGCGGGAGCGAGUGCUGGCUCAUUUUUCCCAGCGCUAUUACGAGUGCAAUCCCAAUGCCAUCUCCUCUGAGGACGGAGCCCACACCCUGACCUGUGCCCUGAUGCUGCUAAACACAGAUCUGCACGGACACAACAUCGGGAAGAGAAUGUCCUGCUCCGACUUCAUUGGCAACUUGGAGGGGCUCAACGGAGGCACUGACUUCCCCAAGGAGCUGCUCAAGGUAAUUUUGGUUGCUCUCUCUGGCCAUCUAAGCCACUAGAACAAGG